UUUGGCAGCCAACGUGCACUAUAACUCUACGUGAAGAAGGCAUCAUUGGCGAAGCGUGCUAUGAUCAACCGUGCACCGGCGUUACCGAAGCGUCAACUUCGAAAGAGAAAGCGUUAGGAAGACAGUAAAAGGCUUUGGCGGCGUGACCUUCGACUGAAACAUUGUGACGGUCCCUCUCUUAUUGUGAAUAGCUCCGGAUGAUGUUCUCGGGAACAUAGCAUGAGCCAGUGCGCCCAAGUUUGUGCGAUGCCUGUCUCACUCCUCCUUUUCGUAGGCUACUUCGUGAUAAAUCCAGGGGCAUCGCUGAGCGUCGAAGGUCCUCGAUUCGUCCGUGAGCCCCCAGCUCGGGUACACUUCCACAACAGCACCGGUGUAGUAAUACCAUGUACGGCACGUGGCCAUCCUAACCCCGAUGUUCGAUGGAUCUCCCUGGACGACGGGCGCCAAGUGACUGACGUCCAUGGACUUCGCCUUGUACAGUCGGAUGGAGCGCUUGUCUUUCAGCCAUUCCGAGCGGACCAGUAUCGACAAGACGUUCAUACUGCGUCGUACAGGUGCCUGGCAUCCAACCGGGUUGGGACCAUCGGUAGCAGAGACGUGCAUGUGAUGGCUGUGGUACACCACAGCUAUCAGCCUGUUGUCUACGACGAGUUUGUCAUCUCGGGCAAUACAGCUGUGCUGCGGUGCAGUGUACCCAGUUUCGCGAAGGAACAUCUCAAGUUCGUCUCGUGGCAACGGGACGACGGGCUCGUCAUCACGCCGAACCUCGACCGCACAAAGUACAGCGUGCUGCCAAGUGGUGAACUAUACAUCAGAAAUGCGGGAUCCACAGACAGACUUCGAGCGUACCAGUGCAAGACUAAACACAAGUUGACCAACGAAGUCGUCAGCAGUACGACACCCGGACGUCUCACCGUGCAAGCUCCGCAAGGUGCUGCUUCGCCGAAGAUAACAGAUAGUCGCCCUUUUGUGCAAGCUGAAGAGGGGCAAGACGUAGUGGAACUGGCUUGCGCUGCUCAAGGUCAUCCCCCACCUACCUACCGGUGGUACCGUGAGAUUGAAGGUCACCUGGUAGAUUUGAGCGCAGACCCACGUGCUGUCCAAGCCCAAGGUUCCAUCUUCUUAGCGAGACCUCGCGUAAAUGACAGUGGCCGGUACUUCUGCCUGGUCAACAAUAGUGUUGGAGAAGAGCAAGUACGGACCAUCCUCUCCGUUACAGCCCCCUUGGAAGCGAACCUCCUCCCACCGAUCCAGACAGUUGACGUGGGCCAGUCCGUCGCUUUCAACUGUUCCGCCAAGGGUCAUCCCAUACGCUCAGUGAUUUGGUACAAGAACCAACAUCCCCUGGAGCCUUCUACGCGCGUCUCCGUGUUACCGCCUGGAUUACUUCGCAUUGCAUCGGUGCAGCGUGAUGACACUGGCAUGUACCAGUGCUACCUCAACAACGAAGCGGAUUCUGCGGAAGCUGCCGCGGAGCUUCGUCUCGGAGAUAUUGCGCCCCACUUCUUGUGGACCUUCACGGAACAAACAUCGGACCCUGGUGCACAUGCCUCCCUUCGGUGCGCCGCUGCCGGAAGCCCUCUUCCUCAAGUCACUUGGACAUUAGAUGGAGGCCCCGUACCGGAGUUCCUCCGCUUCCGCGUCGGUGACUUCGUUACCGCCGACGGCGUCGUAGUGAGCUUCGUCAACGUCACAGAACUCCGAGUCGAAGAUGGUGGUGAAUAUGCUUGCAUGGCAAGCAAUGCCGUGUCUGACAUUGUGCAUCGGACGAGGCUUAAUGUUAGGGGUCCCCCUGUGAUCAGGCGCAUGUCGAACGUGUCUGUGAUCGCUGGAACUACUUUAAAGGUUACGUGUCCGGUGGCAGGCUUCCCGAUUCAUAGCAUUUCGUGGAUGAAAGGAGAUUCUCUGCUCCCUAUCAACCACCGUCAACAGAUCAGUCAUGGAACUCUUUCUGUGCAUAACGUACAGAGAGCCUCUGACGAAGGCCAGUACUCGUGCAUAGCUCGAAGCAAAAACCUCACAGCAAAGGGUAGUACCUUCAUCGACGUGCAAGUUCCACCCGCCAUCGACACACAAAUGCUGCCCGAAGUACUGACAUCCAGUGAGGGCAUGAACGUCAAGAUGCUGUGCAGCGUCGUGGAAGGAGAUCCUCCCAUUUCUCUGAGAUGGACGAGAAACGGUCACGUGGUCACGCGAAGUUCGUCGGUGUCGCUGCAAAGUCUGGAAGAUUCUUCUGUGCUGACGUUGAAGAAGGUUUCAGCCCGAGACAAUGGAACCUACACGUGCGAGGCUUCCAACCGAGCUCUCACUGUCAACAGGACGGUUAACCUGAUUGUGAAUGUUCCACCUCGCUGGACGCGGGAACCUUCCAACUCGGCUGUAAUACGAGGAGAUCGUGUGGCGAUACACUGUGUUGCCGACGGGUAUCCGAUGCCAAGAAUUGAGUGGAAGAGAGCGCAAGGAACCGAACCGAGAAACUUUCACGUCAUGACUGGGAGCUACCGUAUCCACGUGCACACCAACGGCACCCUUCUGGUUCACGACGCUGAAAUUCGUGACGCGGGCUACUACCUCUGCCAGGCUCACAAUGGCAUCGGCGUUGGUCUCAGCAAAGUCAUCACGCUCUUCGUCAAUGUGCCUCCCAGCUUUGCGACAAAGUUUGCGAGCCAGAAUGUAAAGAAAGAGCAAGAAGCUAUCUUGAAAUGUGAAGCUACCGGGGAUCCGGACCUGGUCAUUUCCUGGGAAAAAGACAAACAGGCUCUCGACCUUACGUUGGAGAAGAGGUAUACACUGACUGAAGAACCUUCCGAAGGAAAGCUCUCAUCAACCUUGACAAUAACCGCAGCUGAAAGACAGGAUGGAGCUCUGUACACAUGCACAGUGAGAAAUCCAUACGGCUCGGAUGAAACUAAUAUCCAACUUCUUGUUCAGGAGCCUCCGUCGCCACCGGCAGACCUGCAAGCCGUGAAAGUGAGCAGUCGCACUGCGGAACUUACCUGGUCGCCCUCGUACAAUGGCAACAGUCCAGUCAAGAAGUAUCACGUGUAUUACGUCAACACAACAUCUAGUUGGGAUUCCACUGGUCGUUCAGCCCCACAUAUUUCGGUUCUCGGAACGGAAAAUCGGGCAACCCUCCACAAGCUAUCCCCCAUGAUGAAGUAUAAAGUUCGUAUCAUCGCGGAGAACGCGCUGGGUCACAGCGCUCCCAGCGACAUUGUGGAAGUUGCCACCAGCGAGGAAGCACCAGGUGGACCACCUCUUCAUGUGAAGGUUGAAGCUACAGGAUCGCAAUCACUCAAAGUGUCAUGGGAGCCACCAAGAAAUGAUCUGCACCACGGCAAAAUCCAAGGAUACUACAUCGGUUACAAGGAAGUGAACAAGGGCAACGUGGAAUACCAGUACAAGAACGUCGAAGCCCUGGACGGUGACCCGACUUCUCGCCGUCGUCACAUGAGUCACCUGACCAACUUGAAACGGAAAGCAACGUACACGGUCAAAGUUCAGGCGUACAACAGCGAAGGGGCUGGUCCCAUGUCAGACGACAUCAGCGCAACUACGCUCGAAGCUGUGCCACCAACUUCACCUGAGCUGAUGUUCAAAAGCAGUACUGCAAGUUCAGUGACGGUGGAAUGGGAGAGAUAUCAAGAGGACGUCGCUGUGAAAGAUUACCUUCUCCACUAUCAAGUAGAGGGAGGUGAGUGGCAGCAAAAGUCGGUGAGAACAGACAGCAACAAAUACACGUUGGACGGCCUCAAGUGUGGUUCCUUGUACAGUCUUUACAUGACUGUAUCCAACAGCCUUGGCACAGCAGAACCACGCGAUGUCAUAUAUGCACGAACAAAAGGAGCAGCACCUGUUUCAUCGAAGCAAGAAGAACUGGUCGUGUUGAACGCCACAUCCGUCACCUUAAACCUUGACACGUGGCAUUCGGGCGGUUGCCCCAUCCAUUACUUCGGAGUGCAGGUUCGACCGGCCUUUCAGAAACAGUGGAAAUCUAUCUCGGAACGAAUCCCUGCGCAACAGCGUCGGCUGGAACUUCGACAUCUGUCACCAGGAAAAGAAUAUGACCUCCGUGUGAGCGCCUACUCCGACGCAGGGACAACGGAGGCAGACUUUACAUUCCGGACGCUCAACAGGUCGCAUGUGGCCAGCAUGAGUUCCAAUCACGGUACGUCUCAAGUUCAGCAAAAUGGGGACGAUACUCCACUGUACCGGAACUUGUCUGUGUUGCUCCCUGUGGCUGUGUCCAUCAUUGUUCUGGUGGUCGUCAUCGCGUCCGUCAUUGUCUGCCUUCGUCGACAGAACGACAACUAUGGGACAACAGGACAAGUGGAUGAUAAUCAUACGGAAGAACAACUGCGCAAGUGCAGCGGAAGCAUAGACAGCGUUGGCCUCUCGGAAUUCUGCAAGAAGCAAGAAACUUACGUGAAAUCUCCUCCUUCGUACUACGCAUCACCAGCGAGGAAACCCGUGCCUAUCGCGUCGGCAUCCAAAAGAGGUCGACGGGACGAAGGUCACGAGUACGCGGAACCGUAUGCUGCUCGACAGAUACAGCAACGGCUAAUGGAUGACGUAGAAUGUACAGGAAUGCCACUCUCUUACCACUCCAGGUGUGAAGGUGGCAACUGUACAACUCUAAAGCGAAGUCCACCGAGGCAUAGUACACACGCCGCUGGAUUCUGUCAAGAAGUAUCUUGACAGUGGGAGCACCGCGACAUCGGCGCGGUCCAAUGCCUUGUGUAGAGCAACAGAACGUCCGUAUCGGAAAGGACAGCCUUGAAGACAACAGUUCCACGUUUGUGAAGAACGAGACCACGCGACCAUCUGUCGCAGAGGACCUUCAGAGCAAGGGAAGUACAGUACGACAGCGGCGAACCGAGAGUGAAAUUCCAGUUCCUGUGAAAGACUUCCGCGUUUCAGGGACGAAGGCAGUAAUCUACAUUCAUGCCAAGAUCCAGUAGGAAUGCGCUGCUAGUGGGCCGAUUGUCCUGCGAGGCGAUUCCUUGCUUCACACUCUAUACUUUUUACGGUUAAUUCAGAAGUCUAAAAUUGUUUGUUAAUCCAGCUAACGCUUGCGAACACAAAGCAUGCUAGUUGCUGAUAUUUACGCACCGUUGAAAUUACGGAAAUUCCACACGUCCAGAGACAUGCAUAAAAUUCAAAAGGAAACGAGACCACCUAACAGUAGACACUAGGAACAAGCCAGCUGAAGAAGACGAUCCCGUUCACAAGUUAUAAAUUCCAAUUAGUUUCUCUCUCUCUGCAGCGAGCAAAGUGAACAAGAACUGAAGACCUUCUUUCCAGCCAGGUCGUAAUAACUCACUUUUUUCCUCUUCUCAGUUUCUCGCUCUCUCUUCCUUAUUCCAGAACACUCCUUGCAAUGAAUUCCAAGUGGAUUUUCAUGGAAUGCAGAUUCUUGAAGGAAUGCAUAAUUGGCUCGAAAACUUGGGCCAACGUCUUGUCGCCUCUAAUUAAAUCGAGAGUCCUCAUGCACGCGAAAAGACAAUAGAAGUGCAGCUGAACUCCAGCCCCUGCGCCUUUGUCCCAGUUUUGCAGUCGAAUGAAGGCACUUCGUCGGGAUCACAAUUUGUUGAAAUGCAAAUAGAGAGCGGCUGCAGAGUCCUUGCGGAAUACCAGUGUACUAGGAAAUACAUUUGAGGCGGCACACUUAGCAUAUGGUGUCAAGUUGAAGAACAAGGCGCCUGCAGGGGAUAACGACAACUCGAGAACGCCUAGGGAGGAAGCGCUGGAAUCAAAUUGUUGGGCAUUUAAGUGGUGGGUCUUAACGUACCUUGCCGUGCGCAAGCAACCUGAUCGCUUGGAUAACCGGUUAGCUAACAUGUUAAUUUCAAAGUUGUUUUAGUUUGUCAUAGUUUUACCCAAGACUUCGGUCUUGUUCGUUUCAGCCGCACCUUUGGAUUACGUCAACCCUGAAAAGCAUCGUCCAGCACUAGAACGAUUUAGAAGAGGAAACUAAAAAAUUAAUUAUCGGAACAUUCCCGAGUAAAUACUUCUAUUAUUUUUCGCUAGUCCGUUUGCGGCGCGAGCCCUUUCAGAUUCCCUUUCAGAUUCCCUUUCAGAUUCCCUUUCAUUGUGGAACUCAAUUAUGCAUCAAACGGGUCUUUGUGCAAUAUAGAUUUUGCCGGCAUUGGAAAGAGAUGACAGUAGAUUACUGCCUUUGUCAGUCAGACGUACGCGCCAGACCGGAAUAUGAAAAUAGGAAGUUUGUAUGGCACGGAAGUAUUUCUGAGAACGCCGAGUUGUGAUUUGAACGUACACAGUAAUCACUUUGUACAUACAUAUAUAUGUAUAAAAUAUAAGAGCUUGUUCCGACAUGCGAAGCAAUUAUGACAUGUUUUCUAUGAUGGAGUUUACUGUAUAUAAAUUAUUAUAAUAAAAUGUUGACAAGUA